AUGUCUCCUUCAACCAAGCCUUGCGGAGAUGGCGUUGAUGGGAAGGGAAGGAAAUGGGAUGGCUUGGUCAGAGAUCCGAAGACUGGCAAACCGCUGUACUGGGCGAUGAACGGGCCGGAGUCUGACAACAAGGCUCCUCCAGUCGACGACGAUGACGAUGAUGAUGAUAAGAAUGGCAAGGAGAAAAAGCAUUAUCGUGGCGCCGUGAAGAUAGAUCCCGCUCUCAAGAAGAACAAGCAAAAGCGAAAGAGAGCGACAUCUUCCUCGAGGGACCAAGCCUCCGAGCAAUCCCGCAAGUUGCAGCGGGCGAAGUCUGACGGAUCGCAGAGGGCGAAAUCGGACGGGAUACAGCGGGUGAAGUCUGACGGUAGUCUAGACGGGAAGACUGUGGGGGCUGCCGCGAACGAGUUGAGGGUCGCACAGGGAAUGAAGCCGAGAGGACGCCCCAAGAAAUCCAAGUCUGAGCUUGAGAUGGAGGUCACGAUCUCGCCCGAUCCCGACGCUGCCAUGGAGGACUCAGGCAACCAGGAGGUUGCUGGAGAGAUGGGAAGCGCGGAUCAACCGGAGGGACCAUCUUACUUUGAUGGUCCGCGGUCGGCGCUUCCCCUUGCGGAUAACUUUGGCGAGGAAUCUUCGCAGCCUUCUCACGCAAGUCAGGCUCCGCUUUCCUGGGCGGACACCAUAGUUGUCCGCCCUUCGCAGCCUUCUCGCAUAGGGUGGGCUCCGCUUGCCUCGGCCGGCAACUAUGGCGAGGGCCCGUCGCAGCCUCCUCGCGCAAGGCAGAAGGGCGAACCGACGGUCGGCGGCCAAAGGAAUUUGGAGAGGGAACAGAAGGGCAAGCCGAAAAGAGGGCGUCCGCUCGGCGUGAAGAACAAGCCGAGAAUGCCCAAACCGCCUCCCGACGGUGGGAAGGACGACCCUGGCAAUGGGGAGGGUGCUGGAGGGAUAACGUAA